CCGAAAUGCGGAGCGCGGCGACGCGUAGCGCCCGUAGGGCGAGCCCACCAGCUUCAGCAGCACGUAGCACAGGAAGCCCAGGGCGCACUCCAGGGCUGUCCCCGGCUCCUCCUGCUCGUCGUUUUCCUGGAGCACGGGUCGCGGCGCUCUGGCUUGUUUCCUGAAGGGUCCUGCAGGUCCGGGAGAGGCGCAGGCGCGGACCCGCGGGGUCCUCGAGCUGCAGCCCGGAAGUGCUCGCGGUUGAGGGUGGCGGCUCGCUGUGUGCGGGCGGCGUGCGCUGCCGCGUGGGCCAUGGGGCGGCGGUCGCGGGUCCGGCGGCUCCAGCAGCAGCAGCAGCAGCAGCAGCGACCCGGGAGCGCGGAGGACGGCGCCGAGGACGGCGGGAAGCGCAGUGGGGCGGGCUGGGAAGGCGGCUACCCCGAGAUAGUCAAGGAGAACAAGCUGUUCGAGCACUACUAUCAGGAGCUCAAGAUCGUGCCCGAAGGCGAGUGGGACCAGUUCAUGGACGCGCUCAGGGAGCCUCUCCCGGCCACGUUAAGAAUUACGGGUUACAAAAGCCACGCAAAAGAGAUUCUCCAUUGCUUAAAGAACAAGUAUUUCAAGGAACUGGAGGACCUGGAGGUGGACGGGCAGAAAGUUGAAGUUCCACAGCCCCUGAGUUGGUAUCCUGAAGAACUUGCCUGGCACACAAACUUAAGUCGAAAAAUCUUGAGAAAGUCUCCACAAUUGGAAAAGUUUCACCAGUUUCUGGUUAGCGAAACUGAAUCUGGAAACAUCAGUCGUCAAGAAGCCGUUAGCAUGAUUCCACCACUGUUGCUUAAUGCUCACCCUCACCAUAAGAUUUUAGAUAUGUGCGCAGCACCUGGAUCAAAGACCACACAGCUCAUCGAGAUGCUGCAUGCCGACAUGAGCGUGCCUUUCCCAGAGGGGUUUGUCAUCGCGAAUGACGUGGACAACAAGCGCUGUUACCUGCUUGUGCACCAGGCCAAGCGGCUGGGCAGCCCCUGCAUCAUGGUGGUCAACCACGACGCCUCCUGCAUCCCUCGGCUCCAGGUGGAUGUGAACGGGAAGAAGGAGGCUCUCUUCUACGACCGCAUCUUAUGUGACGUCCCUUGCAGUGGAGAUGGCACUAUGAGAAAAAACAUUGACGUCUGGAAAAAGUGGAGCACCUUAAACAGCUUGCAGCUGCAUGGUUUACAGCUGCGGAUUGCAACUCGGGGCGCUGAACAGCUAGUGGAAGGCGGCAGGAUGGUGUAUUCUACGUGUUCACUAAACCCCAUUGAAGAUGAAGCAGUCAUAGCAUCUUUACUGGAAAAGAGUGAAGGUGCCUUGGAGCUUGCUGAUGUGUCUUCUGAGUUGCCAGGACUAAAGUGGAUGCCUGGGCUCACACAGUGGAAGGUGAUGACGAAGGAUGGGCAGUGGUUUGCAACGUGGGAUGAUGUUCCCCACAGCAGACACACCCAAAUUCGGCCUACCAUGUUCCCCCCAAAGGACCCCGAGAAGUCACAGGCGAUGCACCUAGAGCGGUGUCUUAGGAUAUUACCACAUCAUCAAAACACUGGAGGGUUCUUCGUGGCAGUAUUAGUGAAAAAGUCUUCAAUGCCAUGGAAUAAACGUCCCCCAAAGUGUAUCAACGUGGGGAGCUUUGUUAGCGUGUCCGUCAGCCUUCCUUCCGUGACCGUGGAACAUGGCCUGGGGUCACAGUGCGUGCUGGAAAACGAGGACAAGGAAUGCUUGGCCUUUGGAGAAACAGAAAGGAAACCGUUCUCUGGGCUGCAGGGUGAGUCUGCAGAGCCACGGGGGCCUGUGCAGCCGGGCCCAGCAGACCCCAUGGGAAAGAGCGUCUCCCACCCCUUGGAGCUGGAGAGUAAACCGGCCGCUGGGAUUAGCGACACAGAAGCAACUGAAAGAGCUGAGAAUUUAGAGAAUAAUGGAAAUAAGAAAGAUGGUGUGUGUGGUCCUCCUCCAUCUAAGAAAAUGAAGUUAUUUGGAUUUAAAGAAGAUCCGUUUGUAUUUAUUCCUGAAGACGACCCAUUAUUUCCACCUAUCCAGAAAUUUUAUGCUUUGGGCCCUUCCUUCCCAAAGAUGAACUUGUUAACUCGAACUGUGGAGGGGAAGAGAAGGCAGCUCUACAUGGUGUCCAAGGAGCUGAGAAACGUGCUGCUGAACAACAGCGAGAGGGUGAAGGUUAUUAACACUGGGGUUAAAGUCUGGUGUCGAAACAACAGCGGUGAAGAGUUCGACUGUGCUUUCCGGUUGGCGCAGGAGGGAAUAUAUACGUUGUAUCCAUUUAUUAAUUCAAGAAUUAUCAUCGUCUCCAUGGAAGAUGUUAAAAUUCUGUUAACCCAGGAAAAUCCGUUUUUUAGAAAACUCAGCAGUGAGGCAUACAGCCAAGUCAAGGACAUGGCCAAGGGCAGCGUCGUCCUGAAGUACGAACCGGACCCCGCGAAACCGGACACGCUCCAGUGCCCCAUCGUGCUGUGUGGAUGGCGGGGAAAGGCCUCAAUUCGAACUUUUGUGCCAAAGAAUGAACGGCUUCACUAUCUCAGGAUGAUGGGGCUGGAGGUGUCGGCAGAAAAGAAGAAAGAGAGGGGUGUUCCGACGAGCGCGAGUGCAGCCAGCCCUGGGGCUCCGGAGGACCAGCUGGCUGCCGAGCAAGGGGCGGGGUAGCCGGCCGGCCAGAGGCCGCCACAGGCAGUGACCCGGCGGCCGGCCCGCCCCGGUGCGCUGGCUGCAGGGGCCUCCGCCUCGGCGCCGCCGCGGAGGCGAAACCCAGGACUACUCGUGAGCGGUGAGGCACACGCCGCCGCGGAGGCGCAACCCAGGACUACUCGUGAGCGGUGAGGCACACGCCUGUCAAGACUGGGAGGUGACGGCAGGCCAGGUCUGUGAGUGACCCCCGGACGCCUUUCACGUGGAGCGUAUGGAAGGUAUUUUUUUAGCUUGUUAGAAUUUCCUCAUUUCUUUGGCAAAGUUGGGUCCAGUAUGCCUGUUGCCGGUAAUAGACUUUCAUUGUUAAAGUCUUAUUCUACCAAGAAAUAUAACUGCCCUGGCAGAAAAUUUCAGGUCCCUUUUGUUAUGCCUGUAUUGGUCUUAAGGCCUAGUGCUUCUUUUAGGCAUUUUUUUUUGGGGGAAUCUGUAACUACGUGUGGAUUGUUGGAAAACUGUACUAUCAGCUUUAAUAAUUGUAUUAAGUGGCCCAUUAGUGUGACAUUAAUACGCGGUGGGGUUAAUAUCUGAGGUCUCAGAUGACUUCUGUGCCUUUGUAAUAAAAGGUAAAAUAAACUUUCUCACAGUAAGAGUUGUAUCGUGAAUUGUGAUACUAGUCAUGAGGGUUUUAUGUGCUUUUAUUGGAGUACCCUGCAAUUUUAAUUUUUAAAUGGGGUUUGGGAUCCUUGGAAAGUUUAAAUAAAGAGUCAUUAAUGAAAAUGGGUAUGUGUACGACUCU